AUGGCACUGUUUCCAGAGCCGCUUCCGCCAUUAGAUUGCAGAGUUGGCAACGCUGACGUCCUGCUAGUUGCGCCGCAUGCAACAGUUGCAGCGGACAAUGCGGGGCCAUUUUUGGCUUCCUGGCCUCACAACAAACACGAUGUGGUACAGGAAAUGGAUGAAUGGCAUGAUGAAGGCAGCGGAGAGGCUUUUGAAGCGGCAGCGUCGACGCUUGCAGCUCCAGGUUUCCGACCGCGGCUGCCUCGCGGGCUUAUGGAUUUGAAUCGUGGCUGGCGAGGGCGGGCUGAAAAACAAGAGACAUUGUUUGGGAAGGGUGCUCUCAGCACUUGGGCUCAGCAGCAUAUCAAGUCUGGCGGUGUGGAAGCAUUGGAGAGUUGGUACAGAGCAGCAUUGUCAAGCAUCCGGACUGCAUCUACUGAUCGCCGCGGUUUUGUUGAAAUUCACAGUUUCGGAGAUUUGGGCUCCACAUAUGAUCGGGAGAAUGGCGGUCGGCCAGUCCGAAGAGCACAAGCUGCCAUCGUUCAUUCCACGCCUUGGGCUACUCAAUUUCCUGUUGGUCUUGCGAGGCUAUUCCCCGGUGAUUUGCGGGGGACGCCCAAGCGCUUGGAAAGGUUGUUGGAUCAGCACCUUGAGGACUGCGGCUUUCUGCUUGGGCCCAGCCCAUAUCCUGCGCAAGGCCCCUGGGCAUUGUCCACACGAUUUCUUGCAUCUCGUUGGUUUUUAUGGCUGGGGCAGAAGGGCCACAUUCCUCCUGAAACUGCAUCGCACCUAGCGACUUUGGCAUGGGAAGACGAACAUGACCCCGAGACGGAAGAUGUUGCAACUGGCAAUGCCCAAGAGACAACCAAGCUUCGAGGCGUACAGAAGCUUGCUGCCAUGAUGUCAGAGUGGUCGCACCAGCCUGGGGAGCUUGGCAACAAAUUUGGAGCAGAGACUCGCUGCUUCACCUUAGUUGUUGAAAUGCGCUGUGACCGCUUAGAUAACGCUGAGUUGUUUGGCCAAGCGGUUGCCCGUGCUUUGCACGCACACCUGGCAACGUGA